AUGGAGGCCACGAUAUUCGUGCUCAGUUCUCUAGCCACCAAUCUCGCUGGAAUCUACUGGCAUGUCCCCUUCACCGUCGUUGAUCCUCAUCACACGUUCCUUGAGCGACUUGUUGGCUCUGUUCAGGUGUCCAGCACCAUCUACACUCUCAGGUAUUGGCAUCCUCUCGUGUUUCCCGAGUUUCCCGAAGCUGCAAAAUGUGAAAGCACAUGCGAAGGCCCAUGUGAGAGCCCAGCACAGAAUACUUCAAUUGAGCUUGGUGGCGUGCUGAAGAAUGUUAUGGAUCAUGAUCAACCGCCUCCACUUACCACGAUCCAUCACACGCUCUUCGGAAGAAUUUUUGACAUCCCUCUCGAUCAGAAUUCUGCCGAUUUAUACUGGACUGUCUUCUUCACGGCCCUUGUACUGAUUGCUAUCAUUCUCGUGUUGUGGAAGGGAAUCACCCAGGGCAGCCGCAAGCAUGACACGGAUGCUACAUCGGGUCAGAAAUCAGACAAGUCAGCAGACCUUCCAAGCGAGAAAGAGGCCCUGAAUUGGAUUCGUAUCGCUCGCUUUGCUGUCGCUUUGGGUAUCAAAGACGAUAUUUCGCAUGACAGCGUCAACAUUAGAGCAAAGAUCACGGAGAUUCUAGAAAAUCUGCACCAUUUCCAAAGAGUUCUCCAGUCCGAUUCCAUGCUCGCCGAGUCCAAGGAAGGAGAUGAUGUGGAAACAAACAGAACGACACUCGCACAAGUCUUUGAUGGUCACCUUCGGUUUUGCACCGAAGCAGUGAAAAGUGCCCUGGAGGUGCUCAAUCAACUCAGUAGACGGGUGGACCACAGAAUCAACCUACACGAACAGCCGGUAGACGGCUAUGGCCACGGCCAAGGAGAUCAGAAGCUUGAAGAUCCAACUGAUGAGUUUAGUCUGUAUCAGCAAGAGUUUCUCACCAAGGACAAGCUGGAGGCGACAACAUCGGCCAUGGAAAAGCGCAUUCUCAGAACAGUGGACGAUCAUAUUGCAGCCCUUGACGAGGAAGCGAAGAAGCGAAUUGGUAACAUUGAGUCUGCACUUGCAAAUAUCUCAGCCCUUCACGAGGAAGCGAAAAGGCAGAUUGAUAAUAUCGAGUCCGCACUUGCAAAGGUUCAACAAUCCCUCUCUGUUGGUGUCGUCGAUCAGGAACAGCUGAACGAGACUAUCGGCGGUCUCAAAGCAGACAUGGAGAAUCUCCGAACGUCAUUGCAAUCACUUUCUCGCGAAGGUAAUGACUCGCAAGUUGGUGUCGAUACCAUCAUUCACGAGCAACUGCAAAGCCUUGAAAAUCGUGUGCGGUCCCUCGAGCGUGCGGCUUCAGUGACUCCCCUCGACAAGGAGCAGAUUGAACAAGAACUUGACGAACUCGACCAAGCCGUAAUCAGUCUGAAGAAUUCGCAUGCGGAAAUUCAGUCGAAGCUCGACUCAACCGUCACCGAAACACAAGUGAAAGAAGCUUUGAAACAAAUAGCCGCGCACCUCGAGCAACAAACUGAAGGAAUGAAAAGCCAACUCCACGGGCUCAUGGAAGCUUUGGAUGAAGUCAAGAACGCUGCGAUCAAGUCGAAGAACAAUGACCCUCAACUUGCCAAACAAUUGGAAGAUAUAGAAAGGGCGAUCGAUGAUUCAGCAAAGGAGGUACAAUGGUUCAGAAAAGAUCUUGACACACACGCUCUGGAACAAAAAAGUCUGCGCGAGGCAGUCAACCGUGCCUUGGAGUGGAAUAAGGAGCUUGAGGACGGAAUUAAGCAGAAGAUCAGCAGAGUAACCAGGAAUAUCUUGGAAACGAAUGCCCGGAUGCAUAUAUCGACCGAAACCAAGGAUAAGCUCGAAGAAUACAAGUGGCAUCAAAGGAACAUGAACAUGAGUAUUUGGGGACACCUACAUAAAUGCAUGGACGCUCUUGGCAUCAAAUUCGACUUGAGCGCCGCUGAUCUAGUAACUGUACACGAUAGGAACCAGGACCCUGUCGAAAAGCCUGAGUCGAAUGAUGAGCAUCUUGCUGCAGAGCAUGGCGCACACAAGACCGAGACUGACGUUGUCGAUGAAGGGCCCCAACAGGACGAAGCUCAAGCCGCAGGAUUUGAGGCCCGAUCGCCAAAGGAGACAGCCCAACCUACAAAGGAUGAAGCCGGAAGCCCAAAGAGCGAAGCUCAAAUAAACGAACAAAUACAGACAUUCGACGAUCAACACCGCGCGAGUGGCCAGUCUGAGCCGAUCAGUCCUAGGACUUCAAAACCAGCUUCCCAAGCAAUUAGUGGUCCAAAGCAAUCACCCGUAGCAGGCUGGGGUGAUGAAGCUGCAAAGCACGACAAAGCAGACACAGCAGGAUCGCGAGCAGAACAUAAUCAAGAGGGUGAAAAGGGCCACGAAUCUGCUGCAUUGGGAACCCACAAAGAGACUAUAGCGCAAUCGAAGGCAUCAGUAGGAACCCAGUCUCCUCAGACACCGGGGUCUGCGAAGGGCAAAUCAUCUGGGAAGCACGCCCCAGAACCCCUCCGUCUGAAGACCGAGACAUCUACCUCCGCAAGGCACGAGAAGGGCCAGGCUCCGGCUCAGUCGCCUUCAAAGCCCAACAUUGAGUCUACCUCUGCUGAACUGAGCAAGAGUAGGUGGGCUCCCUCAACUUCGACCCAGGCUCAGUCCAAAACACCUACUCAUGGAGAGACUGAAGGGGGCCAGUUGAUUACGCCAAUUCUAACCCAGCCGCCUUCGAAGCCAAACACUGAGUCUGCCUCCGCCGGAAUGAGCAAGAGUAAGUGGGCUCCCUCAACUGCGACCCAAGCGCAACCAAAGACAUCAGAAGGAACCCAUUCGCCUCAGACACCGGGGUCUGCGAAGGGCAAAUCAUCUAAGAAGCACACCCCAAGAACACCCGGUUUGAACCCGGAGGCAUCUACCUUCUCCGCAAAGCGCGAGAAUAGCAAAGGAGCUGGCGCGGCUUCAGCUCAGUCGCCUUCAAAGUCAAGCACGGAGUCUGCCUCUGCCGAAAUGAGCAAGAGUAGGUGGGCCUCAACUCCGACCCAGACUCAAUCCAAAACACCUACUCAUGGAGGGAAUAAAGGGGAUCAGCCAGCUAGCCCAGCUUCAGCCCAAGUUCCAUCAAAGCCACCCACUUCUGCUGAACUGAGCAAAAGCAGGUGGGCCGAUGACUCUCCAACCGCGCAGAGAUCAAAGAGUGUUUCCUUGCCCUCCGAAAAGAACCCGAAAGGAGACCUUGGUGAGACCUUUUGA